CCAGGCUCUCUCUCUCUCUCUCUCUCUCUCUCUCUCUCUCUCUCUCUCUCUGUGGGCAAUGAGGCGUGGCGCUUCAGACUAUAACGAGACUCCGCCGGGAAGGAAGGGGGUGCUAGCGGCUACCACUAGAGUUCUCUUGGAUUUCUGUGGGCGCCGAGAGACAGCGUCAUCAGUGCGGGCCGCCGGUCGCUGGACGGGUCCGCCGGGAAGGGUAAUGUCGCCGCCGCCGCUCUUCAGCUUGCCGGAGGCGCGGUUACGUUUCACGAACUCAACUCGAGAUGCACUCAAGAACAAAACCAUUAAACCCUUAUUGAGUGCCUUCAGCCAGAUACCUGGAAGUGAAAAUGAAAAAAAGUUUACCUUGGAUCAAGCUUUCAGAGUUGCCCUUGAAGAAGAAAUUAUAAAUAAAGCUUCCUGUGAAAAUGUCCUGGCUAUCAUAUCACUUGUUAUUAAUGGAGUCACAGAAGGUAUCUGUACUGCAUCAACCCCUUUUGUGCUCUUGGGAGAUGUUUUGGAUUGCCUUCCUUUGGAUCAGUGCGAUAAAAUUUUUACCUUUGUGGAAAAAAAUGUAACUACAUGGAAAUCGAACACAUUUUAUUCGGCUGGAAAGAAUUAUUUACUGAGAAUGUGCAAUGACCUCUUAAGACGGUUGUCUAAAUCACAAAAUACAGUGUUCUGUGGAAGAAUUCAGCUAUUUCUUGCUAGAUUAUUCCCACUUUCAGAAAAAUCAGGGCUUAACUUGCAAAGUCAAUUUAAUUUGGAAAAUAUAACAGUUUUUAAUACCAGUGAGCAAGACAGCACCCUUGGACAGAAGCAUGUAGAGGAGAGAGAUGAAGGAAUGGAAGUGGAGGAAGGUGAGAUGGGAGAUGAUGAAGCUCCUACAAGUUGUUCCAUUCCAAUAGAUUACAACCUGUACAGAAAGUUCUGGUCACUUCAAGAUUACUUUAGGAAUCCUGUGCAGUGUUAUGAGAAGGUCUCAUGGAAAACAUUUCUUAAGUAUUCUGAAGAAGUAUUGGCUGUCUUUAAGAGUUACAAGCUGGAUGACACACAGGCUUCAAGAAAGAAACUGGAAGAGCUGAAAACUGGAGGCGAACAUGUUUACUUUGCUAAAUUUCUCACAAGUGAGAAGUUAAUGGAUUUACAGCUGAGUGACAGUAACUUCCGCCGUCACAUUCUAUUGCAGUAUUUAAUAUUAUUUCAGUAUCUAAAGGGACAAGUGAAAUUUAAAAGUUCAAACUACAUUCUAACUGAUGAACAGUCCCUGUGGAUUGAAGAUACUACAAAAUUAGUUUACCAGCUGCUUUCAGAAAAUCCCCCAGAUGGAGAGAGAUUCUCAAAAAUGGUUGAGCACAUAUUAAACACUGAAGAAAACUGGAAUUCAUGGAAAAAUGAAGGUUGUCCAAGUUUCGUGAAAGAAAGACCAAGUGAUUCUAAGCCAAUAAGACCCUUUGUCCGGAAGAGACCAGCUCCUGAAGAUUUCCUGGGAAAAGGACCUAACAAAAAAAUUCUGAUGGGGAAUGAAGAGUUGACUCGUCUCUGGAACUUAUGCCCUGAUAAUAUGGAAGCUUGUAAAUCUGAGAGCCGAGAAUAUAUGCCAACGUUGGAAGAGUUCUUUGAAGAGGCUAUUGAACAAGCAGAUCCUGAAAACAUGGUUGAUAAAGAAUUUAAGGUUGUGAAUAAUUCUAACUAUGGCUGGAGAGCACUAAGGCUUUUGGCACGCAGAAGUCCUCACUUCUUUCAACCAACCAAUCAGCAAUUUAAGAGUUUACCAGAAUACCUUGAAAACAUGGUCAUCAAAUUAGCUAAAGAACUACCUCCUCCUUCUGAAGAAAUUAAAACAGGCGAGGAUGAAGAUGAGGAAGAUAAUGCUUUAUUAAAGGAAAACAAUGAAAGUCCAGAGGUUCAACGGGAUAAACUUGUAACAGGGGAACAAAUAGAAUUAUUUGCUAACAAGCUCGGGGAAUAUUGGAAAGUUCUGGCCCCAUAUUUGGAAAUGAAAGACUCUGAUAUAAGGCAGAUUGAAUCAGAUAGUGAAGAUGUGAAGAUGAGAGCUAAGCAGCUGCUUGUUACUUGGCAAGAUCAAGAGGGGAUCCAUGCUACUAUGGAGAAUCUGAUUACUGCAUUGAACAAAACUGGAUUAAAUGACCUUGCAGAAAGCCUAACAAAUGACAGUGAAAACAAUAGCUAAUUUUAUUUGGGAGUAGUUACUGUCAAGAAUAAAAUAGAAGCUAUUGUUGCUAAGUAACGGAACCUAACAUUUCAUAAGGCAGUUUAAUUUGUUAAUAAAACAUGUUUUAAUAACAUUUGUCUUGAAAUUUGAGGAAGAAAAUGAUUAUUAGUAGCACCGUUCAAAAAGAGAUAGUCCUAUGACCUCAUUCUCAAAUUAGAGAAAGAGGAAGAUAAAGACUUGCUACUAAUGAGGAAUAGGGUGUGAGGAAGGGGUUAGUACACAAACGUUUCUUACAUAAUUUAAGACUAUGCAGGUUACUUUGGUAGGGAUUCUUCCACAACAUAGUUGUGUGUAAAAAUGAUGUGAAAAGGUAUAGGCAUCUAGUUUUCAGUAAAUGUGUGGUAGUUCUACAUAGAAAAUGGUACUGCUUCUUAAUUGGUAAGAAACUUGUGCUAUUAGGAAGCCAUGCAAUAGUAGUGCAGUAAAACGUAGCCUACUACAAGGAACUAAGUAAAUUGUGAAACUCCACCUGUUCAUAUUGUUUGGGAUGCCAUAACAGGGUUACUUAUCUGUGGAUGAAUUAUAAAGCUUUUUUGUAUAAGAAAUGCACCGUUAAUUGCUUUCACAUAAUUCCUGGGCUAUGAUUAUAAUGUACCUGACUGCUAUAGAUCCAUUUCUGUUUGGACCUAACCAUGAUAUGACAAGAUGCCAGCUGCCACUCUGAGUACAGUGCCUUACUGCAACUGUUGAAACACCAAAAGGUUGUAUACCCACCUUGACAUUAUGAAAAAGCUUAGAAAGUUACCAGAAGUAGGUUUGCUGAUCAGGCUGGGUUCCUGUUGCUGGAGUUUCUUGCAUAUAAUUUUAUACUAAAGUAGCCUAUACUAGUCAUUACUGAAGACUGCCUCGAGCAGGGGAUGGAGAACCUCUGGCUGCAAGGCCAAUCUGGGCCCUUCAGAGGAUUUCAUUUGACCCUAAGAGGCCAUUUUCCUAAGAUAUCAGGAGGUAGCCAGGAGGACAGGGUUAAUCCUGCCUUCACUGCAUAGUAGCAAGGCCGCACAGGCAAGGCAACAAGUUUUAAUCCACACUCCACAGUGGAGUAGAGAUUAAAGCUCUGUGCAAAAGUAUCAUGUGCAUAAACUACUUUAAAGAGGCUUUUGCAAAGGCUUUAAAACAGCUUCCAUGCUCCCAUUUACUUGAAUGGGAACACAGAGGCUAUCUUAAAGGCUUUUCCAAAUCUCCCUACACUUCCCUUUUAAUUCUCCAAGAGCAGGGACUUAAAGGAGGAAAUGCAGAAAAUGCUUUUUCAAGUCUCCCUUUUAAAUCCACAAUUGCAGAGACUUCAGGGAAGCACAAAGGAUUUUGACAAAAAGGUUCUCUACCCUUGGCCUAAGAGGAAGACUACACUGUUUUAACAUAAGUAGUUGGACCUUUCCAUGGUAGGCUCAGCAAAGAAAUGUGCCAACCAUGUAAUCUACUAGCGGCAGCAUGAAACAGUAAGAACAUGGUAGAAACAGAACUGAGGAUUGCUUAUAUACUAUUUUUUUAUACAGCACAGCAACAUGUAGUAGUAGUAGGCAGAUUGUUCCUCUUCAAAUAAGUUUUUAAUAUUAUCUUUUCCCCAACACCAGUAACCUCUUCAUCUCAUUUUAAAACAUAAUCACGGCCCUGCUACACUGUGUAUUCUUUGGUUCCUUGUGCAAGCUGGACAAAUGUUAAAAUACCAACAUUUCACAGCAGAAUGCUGCCGAGGGCAAGGGGUAGUUUCAUAAUCCACAAGCAUCAUAGCUCCCACUGAGUACUGUGCCACUUAAUCCUUUACAUUUUUGGAAUUCUAGCAACAAGUAUGGCUAGAAAGCUAACCCCACUAGGUAUACAAUAAAGUUUCAGGAAAAAGGCAAAACUCCAAACAUUUAUGUAAGAAGCACCAUCAUUACUGAUCACCAUUUAUUUAAAGUCAUGAAAUGCCAGGAACAGACUGAGUUGGCACAUCAGGCUGGACAAAUACGUGAUUGUAGCCAAAUGUCCAUUGGCUGUGGGCAGCAGCCCUGUGUUACAUGUUGAGGCAACAACUGAUAUUUCAC